GGAAACCGGAUGUAGUAAUGUUAGCUAGUAGCUAGGUACGACAGAAAAAAACAAAACGUCUUAAAGUUUAUGUAAAACAAGUGUGAUAUGUAUAUCUAAGACCCUCUACUCGUCAGUCUUCACAAAGAUAUCGCUUCUAAAUGUUUGUUUUAAGCCGUCUUGAUUAUAUCUAGUCGGUGGUUUGUAGUACAGGGUGUAAUUAGCUUUUAUUAGCAAAGUGACUGGACUGUUAGCCGCCGUGGAGCUAAAGCAGCUAACGACAGAGACCUGAUCAGUGCUUCCGAGAUUAAAGCUUUUAAAAGUUCAUGGUUUAAUCCUGCAGGAAGAGUCCACACUCUGAAUUUGUCAGACUGUGGAGGAAGACCACGUCGACUGUGAACACCUCCUCUAAUCCUUGUUGUUCAGCUAAAGACUGGAAACAUUUAGUGGACACAGAACUUCUGACCAAGUUUCAGCAGAAAAACCCAAUAUGCAGGUUGUGUGGCUAAAACAUUGACCUAAGAGAACAUGUGAAGGUUGGAAACUCAGGACUGUGAAAAGGAGAAUCCGAAGUAAAGCGAGAAUGUCUGAAAUGAUGAAGGUUGAAGCAGAGGACCCUGGGGGGCUCAGUGUGGUGUCCCCCAUACCUGCAGCAUCCACAUCAGAACUGGAGCAGACUGUAGACAGCAAAAAUCUCAUCCAACAGAUUGUUGUGAUUAAAGAAGAGGUUCCCCUUGACUGGAGCCCCAGUUUGGACCAACAGGAACCAGAUCCCCCCGUCAUAAAGGAGGAAGAGAACAAAGUGGUGAUCCGUGAUGAAGAGCAGCAGAGUGAAAAUAAAGAGAAACCUCAGUUAUCAGAACUUCAUCAAACCCAAAAUGAAGACAACAGAGAGACAGAAGCUCCAACCGGCAGCUCAGCUAAACAAAUGGAAACAGAACAUAAUGGAGAUGACUGUGGGGGAGCAGAACCUGACACCAACUCAGAUCCAUCAGGUUCUUCUCAACAAAGUAAGAUGUUGGUCCCGAAAAAAGGUAAAUUGAAUUCAACACUAAUGGCUCAGAUUGGAGUCCAUGCAGGAGAGAAGCCAUUUGGUUGCAAAAUCUGUGGUAAGAGAUUAAAACAUUUGACUUCAGUUAAAUUACACUUGAUGACACACAAUGGAAAUAUCGAACAUAUCUGUGAUUUUUGUGGAAAAGGGUUUAAAGAAAAAAGUUCUCUGCGGACACAUAUAAGACUCCACACUGGAGAGAAACCAUUUGCGUGUGAUAACUGUGGUCGAAGGUUUCACGAAAAAGCAAAACUUAAAACACACCUGAAAGUCCAUUCAGUAGAAAAACCAUUUUCCUGUGAUGUAUGCGGUACCAGAUUUAAACGAAAGGAAAACAUAAAAAAGCACAUGAGGAUCCACACUGCAGAGAAACCCUUUGUUUGUAGUGUUUGUAGGAAAAGAUUUUCACGCCAAGAGACCCUAAAGAGACACAUGCAUGUUCACACAGGAGAGAAACGGUUUAUUUGCAAUGUUUGUAGUAAAGGAUUUGCACUAAAACAUCAUCUAAAAAACCACAUGGAGGUUCACACCGCACCAUAUAGCUGUGGUGACUGUAGUAAAUGUUUUGUAAAUGAAAUGCAGUUAGAGCGACAUGUGAGAGUCCACUCAGAGGAGAGGCCAUUUGGGUGUGACGUCUGUAAAACCAGAUUUUAUCAAAAGUGUCAGCUUGAAAAUCACAUGAGAGUCCAUUCAGGAGAGAAACCAUUUGUGUGCACCGUUUGCAGUAAAGCAUUUUCCCGACUUGGAAAUCUGAAGAAACACAUGGAGGUUCACAGGGGUUAAUGUAAUCCAUCUCUGCUUUCUAAGGCCACUGGUCAGAGCUAAAUUACAUUAUUUUACCCCAAACAGGCACAUUUUACAUGAGUUUUAAAAUAAAAAAAAUGGUAAAUUGGCUGUUUUUAUAUGUUUGUUUGAAUCCCAUCUCUGAUUAGGCCAAUCAAAACAAUUUUUUCUGAGCUAGUCACAGGUGGAUUUGCUGGUGGGAACUGAAUCAGUGUUCAGCUCAAUAACUCAAAUGUGUUUGAACUCAAAGUCAUGAACUGGAAGUGGGACAUUCUCCUUUGGGGUUUUUGGUAGAGUGCAGGCUUCAUGGUUCCAUCAAUUAUGGCAAGCCUUCCGGGUCCUGAACGCCAAGCAGCCCCAUGCCAUCACACUACCAACAUAUUGGACUGUUAUUAUGAUUGUUGUUUUUCUGAAUGUAUCUGGAAAUCCCAUCUUGUGCAGGCACAGGUAAUCAAAUAACUUUUUUUCCUGCAUAUUAAAAUUGGUGUUUAAGAGA